GUAGGGUCCUGCUGCCGUGCUGUACGCUGUGUUUGGCUGGCGUUUCGCUAUCACAUCAACCAUGAAGGCACCAGUUUGCGUUGUUCUCCUCUCCCAUUGCUGCGCCGCGUUCACGCUCUCGCCAGCGACAUUGUUGUCCUUGCAAAGAUCAUGUGCCUUCUCCGCAGCAGAGCAUGUGAGCUCUCCCCAGCGGAGCUGCAGCAGCAGCAGCAGCAGAAGCAACAGGUGCCAACCUGAUCGACGAAGGCAGCGACCGCCUGGUGGUUCUCGCGUUCCUAGUUUCGCCCUGGGUGCAGCUAAGGACUGGCUCAAAGGAGGCUCUCAAGGGAAGAGCGGACCGGAGGGACCCAAGACCGGAUCUGUUGCAGCAGGGACAUCGGGCAAGAGCGGAGAGGUCAAGAAGGGUCCCGACGGAGAAGACCUGGACCCCCGUCUCUACUCAGUCAGGAUCGCACGCGCCACCGGGAUCGAAUGGGGCACGGACAUCAGCUUCUCGUGGGUGUACAUCCGGGCCCUGCAGCCGGACGGCGCGGCGGCGAACUGCGGGGAAAUCUCCGUCGGAGAUCAGCUAAUUGCAAUAAACGACCAGACGUUGACCGGGGCACCUUUCGACGUGGCGAUGGACGCCAUGAUUGCUCUAGAGGGCCCCGACGUCGAGUUCACCUUCUUCAGGGGCUCGACGGAGGAGCUCAAGGAGGUGGUUGGUGCGGAAGCCCCCCGGGCAGAGAUCACGGUUACCGUCAAGCAGGAAGGGAAGCCGGAGUUGGUCCUCACGGCGCCCUCGGGGGCCAACCUCCGCGACUUUCUCACCGAGAACGGCAUCAACGUCUACCAGUCCGUCACGCGCUGGACCAACUGCAAGGGGAAGCAGCUGUGCGGCACGUGCAUCGUGGCGAUCGACGAGGGUUUGGAGGGCACGACAAUCCGCUCGGUCGACGAGAGCUCCACGCUCAGAGACAACCCGCCCAACUACCGCCUAUCGUGCGUCACCAACAUGUACGACGACGUGACGGUCACGGUUUUCCCGCCAGUUGGGGCCGCUCAAUGGACAAGAUGAAAACAAAACAAGCAUUUCGGCGACCCUCGGGUCGUUUGUCGGCGUGGUUGCGUUUCGCCUGCAGAAAGCGACGCGCCGGGGGACAGGGGGGGCAGAUCGUGGACGUAGCAGCAGCACUGCAAUGAGAGGGUGGGACACCUACACAAGCCUGCCAGAUUGUUUGCUUUGUGUUUUUGUGGUGCAUGUCCCGGGUGUUGGCAAGCGCAGUUGUGACGAUGUGUAUCGCCUUUCGGUGGGGGACGUUUUGCGCACCUCUUUCGCUUCUCUCUGUUGUUGCAAAAAGUCGCUGGUCACUUCACCCGGCUCUUGUAGGAUGUACGGUUACCAAAGUUAUGGGAACCAUAGCUCGCUGCUGCAGCAAGAGAAGUGGCGCUGCUGCUGUUGUUGUAUUUACACUCUACCCGUAUCACGUAUGCAUAAGCUCAAAAUUGAGUCUUGUGUUCGCUGUCGAGGAGCUUCGAACCGAGGUUAGGUGAACUAUUCACUCCAACAACGAUUUUAGUUUUUUGCGAGCAGACACCAUUUCGUAGCAGGAUUGCUCGUUCUGAGUAGUGUGUCGCCCAUCAAGCUACAAGCUACCCGCCCGGUCAGUACGUGGAUGUAGUGAAGCCGCCUCACGCGGUCAACAAGCAAAAGCGCAUUCCAGCCCUUGAUCAAAACUCGCGAAAUCCCGAAAGGCGAUUCUGAAUCCAGUUCCUUGAGGUGUUUCAACAUGUCCAUUCUGAAGCACUUUAGUUUAAGUGUUUCAGGUUCUGAUUGUAACAAAAGAAAACCAAACGAUUAUGGAACCCCUCCCUCCCCCCAAUUUUUUACGUUCCGGACAAUCUUGUCGCUCCACAUUUCGUAAGGAAAUUGCGGAGACGGGGGACGGGGGAAAGAACCAAAAUCGUCUUUGAAUGAACUGCCACCCUUUCCUGCUGGCCCAGGCAUAGCAAAUUUUGAGUCUCCACAACCGGGAGACGCUUUCAAAAAGUUGCUUGGAACAUCACCCAGACGAUAGCAUCACUCUGAUGCACAGCAGCACCAUCGCACAUCGUGCACUCCUGCAUGUUACAGGUACCAACAUUUGCGCACAUCCCUUCCCCGUGUUUCUUGGUUCACUGUGUUCACUCCAAAUAUUGUUGCGCUUGGGUAUUUUUUUCUUCCCGUGCGCGUUUUUUUUUUUCCUUUUUCUACCGCCGCUUGCCUGGUCGGUUCCGUACUUCCAACAAACCCACGAGAUAUUUUCUGUUUUUGAAGCAUACACGAAAACAACGCCUCCCUUGCGUUUUGGUUCCGUUCAAACUGACCUGAAGUAUCUCAUUUGAGAGACGGUGAGCCCGGUCGACGCUAAUGCUGCACCAAGAGGAAAUGCAGCACGAGCAUGCACACACACACACACAUGCGCGUACGCGAAAAAAUGCAACAUGGUCCUCUCACACUUCCUUGUAUGCGACAGACUGACACCGUAGGACUGACGCCGCCCUACCAGCAACGACACAACGCCUGCACCAAAGAAAAUGGAAGAUGACCCACCAAAAGCCUGUAGGUGUGUUUCACCUAUCAUCUAGGAUACGAUUCUUCC